GAUGGCGUCUGAGGGAGAGGCGGGCAGCGCUGCUACAACCGAACCGGAGACUGGAGAGGGAGAUGCUGCAUUUGGGGAACUACCCACCAGCAUGGAUACUGAAUCAUCAAAUGGCAAAGAGGGAAUGGAAACAGCAGGUGAGAGCUCUGAGGCUGCUGAUGCUCUGACAGGAUCUGGAGACGAGGAGAGUGGGAGGCAGCUGGGAGAGGUGGAGCUGCAGUGCGCCUUGUGUAUGAAGUGGUUCACUGCAGACACGUUUGGCAUCGACACCGCGACCUGUCUUCCCUUUAUGACUAAUUAUGUGUUUCACUGCAAUGUCUGCCAUCACAGCGGCAACACAUACUUCCUCAGGAAACAAGCAAACCUGAAGGAGAUGUGUCUCACAGCCCUGGCAAACCUGACAUGGCGGUCCAGGACACAAGAGGAGCACCCAAAGACAAUGUUCUCCAAAGACAAGGAUAUCAUACCAUUCAUUGACAAGUACUGGGAGUGCAUGACAACUCGGCAGAGACCGGGGAAGCUCACCUGGCCCAACAACAUAGUGAAGACAAUGAGUAAAGAGCGCGAUGUCUUCCUGGUGAAGGAACACCCUGACCCUGGCAGUAAAGACCCAGAGGAAGAGUACCCCAAAUUUGGCCUCUUAGACCAGGACCUGGGAAACAUUGGACCCUCGUAUGACACACAAAAACAGACCACAGCUGCUCCCACUGCCGGUGGGCUGAAUGGUGGAUCUGCUUUCUCAGGUGCUUUGGCUGCUGGCCCAGGAAAAGGAAGAGGGGCCAAACGUAAACAACAGCAGCAACAGGAAGGCGCUGCUGCAGGAGCCACUAAGAGAACCCGAAGUGAUCCCUUGUUCUCGGCCCAGCGCCUGCCUCCUCACGGUUACCCACUAGAGCAUCCCUUUAACAAAGAUGGAUACCGUUACAUCCUGGCAGAACCAGAUCCUCACGCUCCAGACCCGGAGAAGCUGGAGCUGGACUGCUGGGCCGGCAAACCCAUACCUGGUGAUCUGUACAGGGCCUGUCUGUAUGAGCGGGUGCUGCUGGCCUUGCAUGACAGAGCGCCCCAGCUGAAGAUCUCUGACGACCGUCUGACGGUGACCGGGGAGAAGGGCUACUCCAUGGUGCGAGCCUCCCACGGUGUCCGGAAGGGUGCCUGGUACUUCGAGGUUUCUGUCGAUGACAUGCCUUCAGAGACUGCGGCCAGGCUCGGCUGGUCUCAACCGCUGGGCAACCUGCAGGCUCCUCUGGGUUACGACAAGUUCAGCUACUCGUGGCGCAGCAAGAAGGGCACGAAGUUCCACCAGUCGAUAGGAAAGCAUUAUUCCUCAGGCUACGGUCAGGGAGACACGCUGGGCUUCUUCAUAGAGCUGCCAGACGGCACAGAGACGGCUAAGGCUCUGCCUGAUACCUACAAAGACAAGGCGCUAAUCAAGUUCAAGAGCUACCUGUACUUUGAGGAGAAGGACUACGUGGACAAAGCAGAGAAAAGCCUGAAGUCGAUGACCCCCAGCAGGAUGAUAUUCUUCAAAAACGGAGUGAGCCAAGGUGUUGCCUAUGAAAACCUGUUUGAAGGCCUCUACUUUCCCGCCAUCUCGCUCUACAAGAGCUGCACGGUGUCCGUGAAUUUUGGGCCUCAUUUCAAACAUCCUCCGAAGGACCUCAAGUACCAGCCGAUGAGCGACAUGGGCUGGGGAGCCGUGAUCGAGCACACGCUGGCCGACAUGCUGUACCACGUGGAGACGGACGUGGACGGACGACGCAGCCCUCCGUGGGAAGGAUGAACACGGCUUUCAUGCAUUCAUUCAUCACAUACACACACAUACCCCCCCCCCCAGUGUUUCCCACCCUCAGACAGUGAAGUCAAAGCGCCACACGCUGCAGUCCACAGCAGCUGCAGCUAAAACAGGAAGUUAAAACGGAUUUCUUGUAAAAGUGAUGACAGAGUUAAUAAUGGAUGGCUGCGUAUCAGCGUGCGUUAGCGUGCCACCAGCUGACAUUCCACACUGAACAUGCGACACCUGAAUCAACUUGUUUUUGGUGCUCUGCUUUAAAAUAUUUAUAUUUUGAAGUUAUCGUUAUGCUGUAGCGAGGCGUCAUGUUGAAGCUAAGCGGACGCACUUCAACAGGUCACACAGUCCUCCUGUAGACUAGAGUUGGUUCUGCCCUCUUUACUGUGUUCAGUCUUUUGGCGAAUUUUAUUUGUUUUUCAUUGUGUGUCACUUAUUUACUGUUUUAUACUCUGGGUUAAAUAAAAAAAUGCUUCUCUGA